GUCAAAAAUAAGUUUGUAGGCUGAGCAAGUUGCCACAUCAGCCAAUCACAUUCGAGUACUCAAUGAUCCCUCCUUUCCCGAACAGAUGCCAGUGUUCUGCUCCGCGAUGGAACGAGUCCCCGUAUCGAUCUGUCUCUUGCCGGCACGACAUGGACGCUACACCAUCCGGCAGUAUCAGGAGCAACCCUCCCUAAGCCCGCCUCCAUUCCAUCAUGGCGGAGUCCGGUCUUCAGGUUUCGGUCGGUGAUUUCGGAAGCAGCGUUCUGAGCAGCCUGAACCAGCAAAGACUCCUGGGACUCCACUGUGACGUCUCCAUCCUGGUCCAGGGUCAGCUCUUCAAAGCCCACCGUGCCGUCCUGGCCGCCUCCUCGCUCUACUUCCGGGACCUGUUCAGCGCCGAGUCCUCCGACCCGUCGGAGUGGUCCCGCUCGACGUACGAGCUCCCGUCCUCUGUGACGCCGUCCUGUUUCCGGCAAAUCCUGACCUUCUGCUACACGGGCCGUCUCGACAUGGUUUCCAGCGAACAGCUGGUGCUCAUGUACACGGCCGGGUACCUGCAGGUCCAGAACAUUGUGGAGAGGAGUCGAGAGCUUAUGAAGACAAAGAGCACAUCGUCCUCAUCGCCGGAUCGCUGCGACUCGCAGACCAUCUCAGCGGAUGAGCUGGGACCUUUGCACCAGUCUGUGGGCCACCUGCAGGAUUCCAGUCCAGAUCCGUCGCGCAUGACUCCAGAGGACCUGAUUGUGGCCGAGAGCCGGAUCAAACAGGAGAGGCGAGAGACGCCUCUUGAGGAGCGUGCAGGAACAACUCCAGAAGACCCAAAUGGCAGAGUGGACUUUUCGAGGAAGCUGCAGAGCACCAGAGGGGGCGCUGUUUAUUACUUGGGGGCACCCAGGAGCCUGGUCCUGGGCCUGCAGUCCUACCUCCCAACUACUUCAGAAGACUCGCCCGCCCCCUCGAAAGUCUGGACGGAAGUCAAGCCGGAUGACGGUUACUACGGCGAUGCCGCCGCCGCCGCACACUCUGGAAUCUACCGAGACGCGAUCCAACACCGGGAGAUGCCGCCGCGCCUGCCGUCGGCCAGCGAGCGGCGUGCGUGCGUGUCGGUGGGAGGAGACAGCGUGGCGCUCCCCGCUAGUCUGAUCAGUCAGAUUGGCUAUCGAUGCCACCCUGCGCUCUACGCUGAGGGCGAGCCCGGACACAAGCUGGAACUGGUGGCAGGUUCGGGCGUGUUGAUGACACGGGGCCAGCUGAUGAACUGUCACCUUUGUGCGGGGGUGAAACACAAAGUUCUGCUCAGGAGGCUGCUGGCGACCUUCUUUGACAGAAACACCCUGGCCAACAGCUGCGGGACGGGGAUCCGCUCCUCCACCAACGACCCGAGCCGAAAGCCGCUGGACAACCGGGUGUUAAACACCGUCAAACUGUACUGUCAGAACUUUGCUCCGAGCUUCAAGGAGAGCGAGAUGAACGUGAUCGCGGCCGACAUGUGCACCAACGCGCGCAGGGUUCGCAAGAGAUGGCUCCCAAAGAUACGGUCCCUGCUGCCCUGCGGUGGCGGGAAGGCGGUCCACAGGGAGGCCACGGGACCGGGAGGCGGUGGCGAGAGCUCGGAGGCGCGUCGGCUCGGCGUCACCCCCUACCCGUGUCCGGAGAUGGCCGGGGAAGGUACGCCACAUCGAGAGCGGCACCGCCGCCUUCUCCUCUCCGUGGGCUCCUCCUCCUCCUCCUCUUCCUCGCCACACCGCCUGGAUGCUGACGGCAAGGAGGCGGAGCCUCCAGACAGUCAAUAAGCAUUGGGCUGCGUCUGUCCAACUUCCCAUCCUAACUUAUCGCCCGUCAUUCUACCUCACGGCCUGUCUACCCUAUGGCACUUCUUGUCCUUUUGCUCAGCCGCUCUGCUGCAUGUUAACCAGCUUCUUGGCCCCCAGCAACGCGGGACUGAUCAUGCUGAUGACAGUAAAGCUUCUCUGGAAAUCA